AUGCCUAAUCAUCAAACCAUCUCUGAAUUACUCUCCAAGCGCAUCACGGAUAAUGAGAAUGAUCAUCAGCAGGAAGUCAUUCAAGAACAGCAAUCGCCCACUCAAAGUAAUCAUCGGUUUCACCUCAACUUGAGUGAAGGUUCUUCUUCUCCCGAGCCUUUAGAACUAGUAACUCCCACGACCAUGGCAGCCACUCAUUUACUUUCAAAGAAGAACACCAAACGAGGUAUUGGUCUUUGGAAAAAGGCUACAGCUAGUUCAUCUUCAACACCACCUCCGUUGGUUCAGAAUGUGGCUCAAGUGCUGUCAAAAGCUCAACACAAUGAGGCUGUAGAUGUGAACGUUGAUAGUUCAGGCUCUUCAUCACCCGAAGACGAAUAUCUUCAUAAUUACCAUCCUUUCGGUACACCCGAGCCUCUCGUGUCAGCCAACAAGGAUAAUAACACUUUGACCAAAUCCUUCUCAUUUCACGCUAAACAAACACCUGGUGGCGGAAAGCCACAAGUAGUGUUUGUUCCUCACACCAAAGAAAAUUCACAACAUUGUUUUCAUACAAGCGUCGAUCAAGAGAUGGAAUCCUUUGCAGUGUAUGACCAAUUAUUAAGUAAUAAUAUUGAAUAUGUCAGAGAAAAGACUAAAAUUGACCCUGAAUACUUUAAGAAACAUAAGGCAAGCCAAAGUCCAACAUUUUUGUUAAUUGGCUGUUCUGAUAGUAGAGUUUCAUGUGAGAAUAUUCUUAAGCUUGAUCCCGGCAAAAUGUUUAUUCACAGAAAUGUAGCUAACUUAGUUGUAAAUACCGAUUUGAAUCUAAUGUCAGUUUUGCAAUAUGCAGUUGAGGUUUUAAAUAUUAAGCACGUGAUUGUUAUGGGACAUACGAGAUGUGGAGGAGUAAAAGCUGCUUUGGAAAACACAUCUCAUGGAUUGAUUGACAAAUGGUUGCGAAAUAUCAAAGACGUCUAUAGGUUACACAAACAAGAAAUUGAUGCCAUUAAAGAUGAAGACCAAAGAUGGCAAAGAAUGAUAGAGUUGAAUGUAAUUGAACAGACCUUGAAUAUUUGUAAAACUUCCAUUAUUCAAAAAGCAUGGGCAAUGGGAAAACCAAUUCACGUACAUGGAUGGGUUUAUGACAUUAGCAGUGGAUUGAUUCAAGAUUUGGAAAUUGAAGAAAACUUGUGGGCGCCAAUUGAGAGCAUUUACCGCAUUGAAUUCCCUAAUCUUCAACAGUCAGAUGAGUAA